UUUGGUUUUUCUGUCACCUCCAUUUAUCAGAUUAUCACUAUAUCUAUCUCUAUCUUUAUAAAAAGUUAUGUGAAAUUUCUAGAUUUUAGGAUAUGAAUUUUCAAAAUAUUGAUAAGAAUGUCUAUUUCAGAUCAAACUUCAAACAACACUAAGGCUGCUAAAUUGAUAUUGCACAAACUUGGCGAAACGUUACAGGAUUUUCGAAAUCACUCCUUCUCAAUCCUUACGCUCAACGAGCAAUGGCGAAGUUUACAGACUUCUUUUACAACGAUUCACAAUUCGCUGGAGGAGAGAGUUAAGGGAGUCGAGUCAAAGGAGAGAGAAAUUGACAUGACUCGGAAUAGACUUCUGAUUUUCCAGAAAGAGGUUGAGUUACUGAAGAUAAAAUUGGAGAUGGAGGAAAAGUCGUUGAGCGAAAGGAUGGAAGGUGUGGAAUUGAGGGAGAAGCAAGUGAGUGAGUGGCGUGACUCUUUGGAAUUGGAGAAGGGAGCGGUUUUGGACCGUUUAAAUGCGGUUAAGUUGAGGGAGAAUCGGUUGGAGGAGCGGUUGGAGCAAGUUAGAGCGGUGGAUGUUGCGGAGGAGAGGGUUGAGGCAAGGCGGAAGGCGGUGGAGGAGAGAGAAAUGGGAGUGAAGAACAGAGAAGUGAAAGUGGAGGAGAGAGAAAUGGAGGCAGAGAAGAGAGAGAAGGAGAGUAAAAUGGAAUUAGAGGAGAGGGAGAAGGAAUUGAAGGUAAAAUUAGAAGAGGAGAAGAAAGUGUUGUACAAUGCAGUUGAGUUGAAGCAGAAGGAAAACAAUGUGAGAAUCGAAAUGUUGGUAUAA